GUCGGGCUUUAGUUGGAGUCAGUUCACUUUCAAUUGCUAGCCAUAUCAAGAUGCAUCCCCAUUACGAUCAGUAUGUUAUAUUGUUGCGUUUUCUCCUACUCGGCUGUUGUCUUAUUCCAGCACUCGGUUACCUUCCGGAUGUGAAUAUAUUUACAAAUUAUCGCACAGAGGUCUACAAUGGCAUACCAUCGGAUAUUGAUACGACGCCUUUUAUACGGAUUGGGGACAACUAUUACUACAUUGAGCCGAUGAAUAAAGUGAACUGGUUCCAGGCGGCGGGCGCCUGUCGCAUGAUGAACGCCCAUUUGGCUUCGAUUGAGGACAAGCCGGAGAUGGAGGCGCUGGUGAAGUACAUCAAGACGAAGGGAUUUAAGAAUAACGACUACUUUUGGAUAUCCGGCAAUGAUCUCGGCACUGAAGGUGCCUUCUACUGGCUCUCUACAGGUAGACCCAUGACCUAUGCUCCCUGGAACGGUCCCAAGCAGAUGCCCGACAAUUACGGAGGUAACGAGAACUGUGUUCACAUGUUUGGCACCCGAGAACUGAUCAACGAUGCCAACUGUAAGAUUCUCAUGCUAUAUAUCUGCGAGGCCAGCGAUCCUAAGACCUUCAAGUUCACCUACAUCAAGUGGUAGAAAUAAUUCGUAC